GCCCCCGCCCGUGCGCGCUGGCAGCCUGGGGAGGCGUGUGCUGCUCCUGCAGCUAGCUAGAGAGCAAGACUGGGAUGGAUACUGGAGAAGGAAUGCAGGCUUAACAAGUGAUCGCUGCUGUCUAGGAUUUUGAGUCUUUUUCGGAAAACCUUGACUUCCGUUCUCAGCCCAGGUCUGCUGUGCCGAACUCCAGAGGAACCAGAAAUCUCCGGGGUCUACCUUGGGCGUCCCCAAUCUCCAUCUCUGGGCUCCAGUAAGGAGGACUCUGUGAUACCCCCAAGCCCCUGGCCAAGAAGACCGAACUUGUUCCGUGGAUAUUUGGGAUUCUCCACCUGACAAACCCGAGUAAUUUUUUUUUGUACUGCGCCCCCACCCCCAAUGAUUCUGCCCCUCCUCCAGCUGUUGCAGCUUGGAAAGGGGGAAACAAAUCACCGGGGGGAUUUUUUUUCUGUCUAUUUUUAUUUUUAUUUUUCGCACUUGCUGGGAAUGGUGAAGUGCUUCUUGUGAAUGAUUCUAGCCAAAGGAUGCUCUUCAUUUCCUGCUUUCUAUGGAGACCUCAGUGUUGAGUUUGCCUCUGCUGGAACGGCAUCUACUACCUUCUCUACCUUCCAAGGUCUUUGCCUCUAUGUACAACCUGGCAUUGUCUGUGGGUCCAUGAAGGCUUGGAUGACCUUAGAGGGAAGGUCUGGGAGUCCAUCCUCAUAGACUAAGCAGCAAUGGCUGGGCAUAUUUUAAGUCACAGUUUAACAUGGGUCAAGCCAUCAGUAGAAGGCAAGUGCUAAGACUAAAGACUUAUUUGCAUUUUAUUUAAAUUAGAUGGACUGGGCCUUGGACAAUUUCCAUGCAAGGAAAAGUAUAUUUCAUUUUCUAGGCACAACUUCUGACUAUCAGAUACUUGCUGUCUUUGAGUCUUGUGGCGUCAUCACCGGACAGCAUCCCAGACAGACUUCCAGAUUUGAACAUCUACCCCCCCAAAACGUAGGUGUAUGGGAGACCACAUCAUUUCAUGACUUAUGUUUGAGGAACACUAGGCUGCUGUCUAGACGAGGCAAGCUCUGGAAAGCAACGCCGAGUCUCUGAGAAGAGGGAGCAUAGGCUGUGCUGAUUUAAAAACAGAAAAUGCAAAGUUGGACUGAAAAUACCCCGUGUCUUCUAAGCAAUCUGCUUAAGGCUUCCAAACUUACCUUAAUUUGGUAAGAAAAUAAGCUGCCCUAUUUUUCUUUCUUCUUCUCUUACAACUGGAAGCAGCCAUUUCCCCAAACCACCACCAUGGAGGUGGCGAUGGUGAGCGCCGAGAGCUCAGGGUGCAACAGCCAUAUGCCUUAUGGUUAUGCAGCCCAGGCCAGGGCCCGAGAGCGGGAGAGACUUGCUCACUCCAGGGCAGCCGCAGCUGCUGCUGUCGCAGCUGCCACAGCUGCUGUCGAAGGCACUGGCGGUUCCGGUGGAGGCCCCCACCACCAUCAUCAGACACGUGGGGCCUACUCCUCCCAUGAUCCUCAAGGUAGCCGUGGAAGUAGGAGGAGGAGGCGUCAGCGAACUGAGAAGAAGAAACUCCACCACAGGCAGAGCAGUUUUCCUCAUUGCUCAGACCUGAUGCCCAGUGGCUCAGAAGAGAAGAUCCUGAGGGAGCUAAGCGAGGAAGAGGAAGACGAGGAGGAGGAAGAGGAGGAGGAAGAGGAGGGACGGUUUUACUAUAGUGAAGAAGACCAUGGGGAUGGGUGUUCCUACACAGACCUGCUGCCACAGGAUGAUGGGGGUGGUGGCGGCUACAGUUCAGUCCGCUACAGUGACUGCUGUGAACGUGUGGUGAUAAAUGUGUCUGGUCUACGCUUCGAGACCCAGAUGAAAACUUUGGCCCAGUUUCCAGAAACUCUGUUGGGAGACCCUGAGAAGAGGACUCAGUACUUCGACCCUUUGCGCAAUGAGUAUUUUUUUGAUCGGAACCGACCCAGCUUUGAUGCCAUUUUGUAUUAUUACCAGUCAGGAGGCCGCCUGAAGAGACCAGUCAAUGUCCCCUUUGAUAUCUUCACUGAGGAGGUGAAGUUCUAUCAGUUGGGAGAGGAAGCCCUGCUCAAGUUCCGGGAGGAUGAGGGUUUUGUGAGAGAAGAGGAGGACAGGGCUCUGCCAGAAAAUGAAUUUAAAAAACAGAUUUGGCUUCUCUUUGAAUAUCCAGAGAGUUCUAGCCCUGCCAGGGGCAUAGCCAUCGUAUCUGUCCUGGUCAUCUUAAUUUCUAUUGUCAUAUUUUGCCUGGAAACCUUGCCGGAGUUCAGGGAUGACAGGGACCUCAUCAUGGCCCUCAGUGCAGGCGGGCACAGCAGAUUGCUGAAUGACACUUCGGCAACCCACCUGGAGAACUCAGGACACACAAUAUUCAAUGACCCUUUCUUCAUCGUGGAGACAGUGUGUAUUGUGUGGUUUUCCUUUGAGUUUGUGGUUCGAUGCUUUGCUUGUCCCAGCCAAGCACUCUUCUUCAAAAACAUCAUGAACAUCAUUGAUAUCGUCUCCAUUUUGCCUUACUUCAUCACUCUGGGCACCGACCUGGCCCAGCAGCAAGGGGGUGGCAAUGGCCAGCAGCAGCAGGCCAUGUCCUUUGCCAUCCUCAGGAUCAUCCGUCUGGUCAGAGUAUUCCGGAUCUUCAAGCUCUCCAGACACUCCAAAGGCCUGCAGAUCCUGGGCCACACCCUAAGAGCCAGCAUGCGGGAACUGGGCCUUCUUAUCUUUUUCCUCUUCAUUGGGGUCAUCCUCUUUUCCAGCGCUGUGUAUUUUGCAGAGGCGGAUGAACCCACUACCCAUUUCCAAAGCAUUCCAGAUGCGUUUUGGUGGGCUGUGGUAACCAUGACAACUGUGGGCUAUGGGGACAUGAAGCCCAUCACCGUCGGGGGAAAGAUUGUGGGGUCCCUGUGUGCCAUUGCGGGUGUCUUAACCAUUGCUUUGCCUGUGCCGGUGAUUGUGUCUAACUUUAACUAUUUCUACCACAGAGAGACUGAAAAUGAAGAACACACGCAGCUGACACAAAACGCAGUCAGUUGUCCAUACCUACCUUCUCAUUUACUCAAGAAAUUUCGGAGCUCCACUUCUUCUUCCCUGGGGGACAAGUCAGAGUAUCUAGAGAUGGAAGAAGGGGUCAAGGAAUCUUUAUGCGGAAAGGAAGAGAAGUGUCAGGGAAAGGGGGAUGACAGCGAGACAGAUAAAAACAACUGUUCUAAUGCAAAGGCUGUGGAGACUGAUGUGUGAGUCGCUUUCUCCACCUGCCACUGCACCCCUGUCUCCAAAUAUAUUCAUACAUAGAGAAUGCAGUUAUGAAAAUGAGAUAUGCAAACGAUUGCACUGCAUACAGUCAUACGCUGUUUAAUGGUAAUACAUGGCAUAAUUGUGACUAAACGUGUAUUGCAUAUCAAAAUAAAUCUUGGAGAAGAGGGAGGCAUUAAAAACAGCAGAUCUAUCUUUAUAUUUUUUAUUAGAAUGCAAGAAUUUUGCACAUAAUGGGGAAAAUGUUAAUAGUAAAGGUGGUUCUAAGGAGAGUGAGUGUGUGUGAGAGAGCGAGAGAGUGUGUGCACAUGGGUGUGUAAGUAAAUUGUCAACACUGUUUGGAAUUGUGCCGUGAUGGGAAAAGUUGGCAUUCUGAAGUAUUUACUAUGUAAGAACUAAUGAAUUUGAGCAGUCUUUUACCAGUGUUUUAAUAACAUCUCCUAUGUCUUUGGAUUCUGUAGUUGUUUUUUAGAAAUUAUAAGAAUUACUGUGUAGAAAAAAGAGAAAGUAAAUUAUUUAAUAGAAUAUAGGUCACAAUUUAAUCUUGGAUUUAAUUAAAGUUUAUUUUUAACUGGAAAUUAACUUUUGAAAAGGCUGCAGGGGCCUUUAGAAAUUGAUUAUAUUUUAUUAUUAAUUUUGGGGAGAUAUAAUAGCAAAUGCCUAACAUUCUGGAGGAAAUGUAACAAGUUUUGUUCACAGGUCUUAAGACUGGAAUUGUUUUUCUUUUGCACUACUUCCUAUGCUGAAGCCCGAGAGAGACUUCAUACUGUGAAUGUUUACUAACGCACCAAUCAGUUCAAUGACAAUCAUUGGAAGAAUGGUUUCUUCGUCUUUUAUUGUUCUUUUCCUUUUGUGAGACCAAUGACCGCACAGAUAACAGCACAUGAUUCCUGCUUUAAAAUUUGAACAACUGAUCUACAAAGGGACUAAGAGGGAAUGCUCAACAGCCGCAUCUUUUGAAAUUGGUUUGUUACAAUGAUGCUUCAGAAACCAUACUAUUUUCAAUACUCUUCUGCCUUUUAAGUCCAGAAUAAUUUAACCAAAGUUAUUGCAUGCACAGAGAGAAUUCUUGGAGAAAUAAGGCACCCAGCAGCUACAGCAAUUAUGGCUUAAGAUCUUUUUAUUAAAUAUGCAACAAAAUGCUAGAUUUAAGUCCAUUUUGUGUGUGUGUGUGUGUGUGUGUGUGUGUCUGUGUGUGUGUGUGCAGCUGCAAAAACAAAACAGAACACGAAAUGUGGGGAUUCACCUCAAAUGCUAAAGCACUCUGCUAAAUCAGAGCUAGGGAAGAACGGUUUUAGAACAUUUGGUUUCCCAAUGGUCAUUGUAAAUCAUUAUCAUCUUUAUAACAGGGGCUUUCUGAGGAUUACACUUCCAUUUACCUCACAGUAGCUAUUCUUGAGUUUGAAGUAGCAACAAGGAAUGCACCAUGAACAACUGUAUCACCAUGAAAUACAGCUCAGAAGACUCAGUAUAAACACAUAAGAGGCAUUACUAUACAAUUCAUUAAAACAAAACAAAAUCUUCUUUGUAAAUGGUUGCCCUGAGCAUUGGGAAGAAAUCCCAUGUCCACUAUUUCAGUCCAUAGCAAACUUAGCAAACGUGAACAAAACCCAAUAAACCAAAAAACAAACAAAAAAGAAACACCCUCUCACCCUUACUUGUCAGGUUUUUCAAAUGCUUUUGGCCCAGGAAAUCACUGGAUACAUUUUAACCUCUCCUUUAACAGUAUUUGAAAUGAAAAGAAUUCUAGUAAAUCAAUAUCUUUGUUCCUAUCUUUUCUCUACACUUGUAGGGAAGCAACUUUGCUAGAACUCCAUCUGGAGAUGGAAAGGCAGCAGGCAGUGGAGGUGAUUGAAGAACUCGGGGCUACUUCAUGAUUAGGACUCCAAAGAUGAUAUUCUGAUUCUAAUACAUUGUAUUAGAGAAAAAUGUAGUGAGAUUCUGACAGGCGCAGUCAUAAUCCCUUCACAAAACUCAUGGAAACAUGUUUUCACCUCAUUUUUUUUUUUAUGAGUAGAAAAUCAUUUUAAAUCAGAGGAAUAGGGAAACAGUAAGAGGGAAGCUUGGGAACCUGACAUGCCAGUUUCAUGCAAAUACCUGAUAUGAUAAAUUCUCCAGUACAGCACAUUUAGUUAGUAUUUUUUUGCGUGUGAAAAUAACAGUAAUAAUUUGUGAUAAGGAGGAAAAUCAUUCUGAAUUUCUUUGUUCUUUGUUUUUUUUUUGACAUUUCCUUCCUAAAUCAGAAAAGUCAUAUUAAAUUUAUUUGAUGAUAUAGAUAUUAAUAAUUCUCAGACUACGUGAGUUACAAAUAAUGAAGAACCCUAGGGCUUCCCUUAUCUCACAGAGUGGUUUGUGGUUGUUGUUGUUGCUUGUUUGUUUGGAAACUAAUGGAAUUUCUAGUCAUGUGCUUUCAUUCCAAAUAUUAUUAGAAUGUCAUUCAAAGUGUGUUUUUCUCUAUGCAAAAUGCAUUUAUCUUAGAGUGUGUGCAUUGAUUCUCCCUUAAGAAACUUCAAAGCCCCUAUGCCUUGAGUUCGGGCUUUUCUGCAUGAAGUACUUGUUCAUGUGAAAGUUGGGUGUCCAGUACAGCUUCGAAUUAACAGUCAAUUCCCAAGUUGAAGCUUUUCAAAGUACUUUGGAACCCUUUGUGAAGAUUUCCUACUGGGGAAAAUGCUGCUGCCUAAACUGAUUUAGGAAACUGUAUUUUCUUAGAUGCCAAUAAGUAGGUUUGAAAUACAUAUAGGUUCACCAUACAGGGAAGAAAAAAAGAAAGUGAUCCUAUUCAAAAUCAGGAUGCUUGAGGUUAGAGGUCCUUUUUAGAUGACAUUUAGAUACAUUCUUCUUUCUUGCAAAUGGCUAAAAAAAAAAAA